UUUCAGAUAUCUGUGGGGAUAAGAGAAAGAGAGAGUAGAGCUCAACGUAAACGACGUCAACAAAAUCCACAAUCCAUAUCUCAAGAGACAUUAAUAAAAAGAAAAGAGGUUAAAACAAAACAAAUUCAAUCUAGGGUUUCCAAAUCAUUCUUCCCUCCAAACCAAACACCCGCAUUCUUUCCUCCCAAGAAAGCGGGUUCACCCUUUCUCCAUUCGUCAACCGCAUUUCUUCAACUUCAAGGUUUAUGUCUCAUUGGAUGAUUGAUCCAAGGGAGAAGGUGCUUGACAUUGGAGGGAGGGGAAGAGAGUGCUUGGUGGUGGUGUUUUGAAUUGAAAAACGAGAGGAUAUCGCAGAUUUUUUUCUUAUCGUUUUCUUCAUUUGUUAAAAUCAUCGGUGAAUUUCGUUUUAUUUUCGAAAUUGUUUCGGUUUGAAUGCAUGCAUUUUGAUUUAUGGAUUUGGAAUCUUCUGGCGAUUCGGUGAAAUGCUGCAAGCACUGUGAAUGCGGGUGUAGUGAUUGCUCCAUGGCAGCUCAAUCUUCAGGGAAUUGGCUCCGUUCUGUGAAAAGGAAGCACAAGCAGCUGGAACAGGGCGACCAAUUCUCUGUGCCGGGGCCAGAUUGCGAUCUGGUGGCGCGUGUUGAGAUUGGGAAUGAAUGUGAUGCACUCCGCGAGGCUGUCAGCAGCCAACAGAAAUCAAUACAGGAUUUGUAUGAAGAAUUGGAGGAGGAGAGGAAUGCGGCCUCCUCGGCUGCGAAUGAGACCAUGACAAUGAUAUUGAGGCUGCAGAGGGAGAAGGCAGAGCUUCAGCUGGAAGCACGACAGUUCAAGAGAUUUGUGGAAGAGAGGACGUCGCACGAUCAGCAGGAGCUUCUAGCAUUGGAGGAAUUGUUGUAUAAGAGAGAGCAGGCAAUUCACUCGCUCACAUGUGAGGUGCAGGCUUAUAAGCACAGGUUGAUGAGUUUUGGCAUCAGUGAGUCCGAGGGAGAAGGGGAUCAGUAUGAAUUUCCCCCUUAUGAGUACCCUCCUUUGAGAUGUAAUGCAAUGCAUGCUUCAACAGAUGAUAAUGAUGAGAUAGACAUUGACAAAUAUGCAUUUGGCGAAACUCCUAAGGACCGUUUGAAGAACCUGGAAAGUAGGAUAUCUCAAAUGGAGAGAAGUCCCACUUAUAGUCAGAUGGAUGGGGAAUUCAGUGGAAAAAAUAUUCUAGAGAAGGUGAUAGUUGGACAGUCUCCAAGACGGGCUAAACAUUCCAGGAAAUUUUCCUGUGACUCGUCUUCAUUGUGCCCUGAGUAUAUGAUGGAUUCUCCUAGCUUUAGGAAGAUAGAUGAGGAUCUUUCCAAUUUGAAGAAGGUAGAUAAUGCAUCGGAAGCUGGUGAUGAUAUGAUUGAUAAAGUCUAUACAAUUGACUCUGAGUUCAAAGCCGGAGCUAGCGUUUACGAUUAUUAUGCAACCACUCCAAGGGACUUUGUUGAUCAUGCAGAUUUUGAAGAUCUACAUGUAAAGAAGCUUUACAUGAGGCUUCAAGCACUUGAGGCUGAUAGGGAAUCAAUGAGGCAGGCAAUCAUUUCAAUGCGCACUGAUAAAGCACAGCUUGUUUUGUUGAAGGAAAUAGCUCAAGAAUUGUGCAAAGAGAUGUCACAGCAGAAAAAAAUGACAGCGAGAUCCUUUAUUAGCAGCUUUUCAUUCUUUACAGUUUUUAAGUGGAUUGCAUCAAUUGUUUUCUGGAGAAAGAAAGCUCAUCAAAUCAAGUAUAUGUUUGGGCUACCAUCUGACAGUGGGGGCUUGCUAAUGCUGCUUGACAAGGGACCCCAUGUAAGGUCAUGGAGAUAUCUUCAAAGUACACAAGUGGGAGAUUAGUUCUCCAAUUUUUCUUUUUUUCUUUUUUAUCAAUGGGGAAAUAUCUCCAAUUAUUGUUUUAGCUUAAAGGGUAAGCUCAUAUGUGGGAGUGGGGAGCACCAACUGAGUCUGAAUCACACUAUAAUUUUUUUCCUUUCUCUUUUCCUUUAGAUUUUUCUCGCCAAAAAGGUGGCGUUUUGUGCAAUGGUCUUUUAUUUCUUUUGUAUGAAAUUAAAUGUAAUUUGUUGGUUGACUGAUGAAAACUUGGAUAUGACAAUAUAUUUCAGCAAUCUACCCGAGUUUAUAAAUUGAAAAUGUAUCA